AUGAUGGAUUCUGAUGAUGAUGGUGAUCGUCGCCGCGACAAAUUUGCUCGAGAACGUCGAGACGAUGAUAGUUAUAGACGAAAUGGUGGUGGCGGAAACUAUUCACGAUACGACAACAAAAGACCGGCUGGACGAAGAGAUGAUUACCAGGUGAAAAGAAGCCGUGGAGAUGAAGGAGACGAUGGGUUCGAUCCGGUAAAUCGUGGAGACCGUUCUGGUAACGGUGCUGAUUUACCGUCAGAAUCUGAAAGUAUUUAUUCUGGUCCUUUGUUAUCAUUUAAGAAAUUUCUUGGUAAUCAGGAAGAUGAUAUUUCUGAGGAAGAUGCGAGCAAAAAGUAUAAUGAAUACAAAGGCGAACACAAAAAAUAUCAACUUGAACGGUUCUUCCGUGCACAUAAAGAGGAAGAAUGGUUCCGUCUGAAGUACAAGCCGGAAGAGGCGAAAAAGCAGAAAGAAGCUCAUUUGGAGAAUGUGCAGAAACGGUUGCAAAUUUUCAAUGAGCUUAGAGAGCAAGGACAGUUCGAUAAAUUCACUCUCGAUUUCGGUGAUGCAGAAGCAAUCAUUAGAAUGCUUGAUUCGGUUGUGGUCAAAUUGGAAAAUGGAUCUGAUGAAGAACUGAAAGCUGUUCUUUCUCAGAAAUUGGAUGAUGAGUCACUUGCUGAUGUCAAAAAAGAAAGUAAUGGAUCGGACAAGACCGAAGAAGAGCCUGCUGCAAUUGUGGAAACAGCUCCCAAAGAAGAAUUGGAAGAAGGAGCAAUUGAAGACGGAACUGAGAAAGCUUCUAACAAGGUCAACAUCCACAAGACAUGCUCUGUUUUUCUGAGAAAUAUUCCACCAGGUUUAACUUACGAAGAGCUCGAGAAUCUUUGCAAAAGAAGUCCAGGAUUUUUACGUCUUGCUCUUACUGACGGAAUUGCCGAAAGAAGAUUCUAUAGACGUGGGUGGGCCACUUUCAAGCGAGACGUCAACAUUAAAGAGAUUUGUUGGGCACUCAACGCUCAUCGUCUACGUGAAACUGAUCUGAACGCUAUCAUCAAUCGUGAUAUUACUCGUCGUGUUCGCACUAACAACGGCAUUGCUGCGCAUAAACAAGUGGCUGUUAAUGAUUUGAAGCUGGCUGUUAAAUUGACUGCUCUUUACGAUAAGAAAAUCGGACUGUUCAAUGCUGCUGAUGAACCUGAGAACGAUCGCGAAAUGGACAUCCGUAUGGGAGUUGACUUGGUAGGAGCAUCAACAAAUCCAGUAAUCAAAGAGGUUAAAUCACUUGUUCCAAAAGAUACUUUGAACGAUAUCAGCGAAGAAGAGGCCGAGUUAUUGGGAGCAUCAAACGGAGGAGACGCUCAACCUGAAAAAGUGCGUUACGAAAGAGACGAUGCUAUUCUCAAAGCACUAGAUCUGCUUAUAGUGUAUCUCCGUAUUGUUCACUCUAUCGAUUUCUACAAUCAUGGUCAUUAUGCUCAAGAGGAUUCAAUGCCUAACAGAUGCGGUCUCAUUCACGUCCGUGGGCAACCACCUUCUGGAGCUUCAAUCACCACAGAUGAAGAUGGAACGCUCGUUGUUCCACAGAAGUUUGUGAAUGACUUUAUCUCAGGAUUCAACACUCGUAUCGACAAAGGCUUGAUCGAGAAACAAUAUGUCAGCGAAGAAGAACUCGUUAAGAUGGGCAAAAAAGACGGCGAGAAAGAAGUUGAGGCUUUCAUCAUGAAGAACACGGUCGAAUUGGCCAAGGACAAAUGGCUGUGCCCACUUUCCGGCAAGAAAUUCAAAGGGCCGGAGUUCAUCCGGAAACACUUGCAGUCGAAACAUGAAGACAAGCUAGAAGAGGCCAAAGCAGAAGCUGAGUUUUUCAACAAUUAUUUAGCUGAUGCACAAAGGCCUGUGGAUCUCGAACCCAAACAAAUUUCGAGAGAUGAGCAUCGUGGAGGUGGCGAUCGUGGCGGAUAUGGACGAGAGCGGGAAGAUGACCGAGGCGCCGGCGGUGGAAGGAGUUCCUUUGGUAAUGGAUCGUAUGAACGUCGACCUCAGUUUCCACCUCGCCACAGUCUCGGCGGACGCGGUGGACGUUACUUCGAUGAUGCACCACGCCGUCAGCCGGUGUCAUACCGGGAUUUGGAUGCUCCUGAUGACAUCCCAUAA